AUGGGCAAGAAAAGUGGCAACGAUGGUCUGGCACCGUCGUCUAGCGUCAGUGCGAACACCAAGCACAAACAAGCACAAACUACCGCUAUCGCACUUGCAAAUGGGUUCCUAGCAGUACCCAUCCAAGUCGCAUCCAGGAGCUUCGCUAAUCAGACCAUUCUCCACUGGAUCUACGUCCGAAAACACACCACAGCAACUAAUUCCAGUGCCGGAUCAAGCUCGUCAAACCCAGAAUCAUUACCGGCGGAUCGAACCUUGUUCAUGGCCAACCUGCCAGUGGAUACCACCGAAACGAAUCUCAGAGACAUGCUGGCUAGCGUGGGGGCCAUCUCACAGGUUCGAUUCAGGAGACAAGCUGGAGUGGAAGAUGGGGAGGAGGAUGAAAGGGAGGAGAGAGGGGUAGGUGAGUUGUCAGACGAAGACGACAUAGAGGGAGAACACCAUCAACUGGCCAAGCAGGGAAAGAAGGGAAAGAAGAAGAACGCUAGUGCUGGUGCGCAAGGCAAGAGCCGUGUACCACAAAUUGUGCCUUUGCCUGCUAUGCAUGCUCCAAGUACGAGUCAAGAUGGAGUGAAUGGAUUUCUGUCGACCUCGUCGAGCGCGCACGUAGUGUUUCUGGAUGCAGCCUCGAUGAAUCGUGCGCUGGAUCGGCUCAAAAAAGGACUCAAAUGGCGACACACUCCCGAAACUCUGCGAGGACUUUCAUACCUUCUCUCAUCAUAUGCGCUUUCUCGACCCUCUCUCCCCUCCGUUUCCACCUGGGCCAACUCGGUGAUCUCGCUCUACCAAUACCGACGCUCACACCCUUUGCCGCGUCGAAUUGGCGUCCGCGGCGUAACGCUCGGCGCUUCUGGAGAACUGCUGGACGAAGACGGCUUCAUCAUCGUCCAACGCACCUCGGGCAAAUACGGUCGCGCUGGUGCGUCUGCCGAUGGCGGCGGAAGCGUAGGUGUCGCCAAACACGGCUUCAAAGAAAACCAGAACAAGAAGAGCACAGGCCUUCAGGAUUUCUAUCGUUUCCAGCUCAGAGAGAGAAAGCGAGAGGAGCUCGCAGGCUUGAGGAAGAGGUUUGAAGAGGAUAAGGCGAAAGUGCAAAAGUUGAAGGCGGGAAGGAGGUUCAAGCCAUAUUAG